GACGACCUCCCACGUUGCUCACAGUCUACUUCUCUGUCUCUAUAUAUCUCUGGUUUGAUCUCGCUCCCCCCACCUCCCGUUCCCAAUUCACUCCCCCAUCCGAGAGGAAGAAGUAGAGAAAGAUGGGCAAUAGCUUGGGCGGAAAGAAGCGAAUGAUUAAGGUAAUGAAAAUAGAUGGCACCACCUUGAAGCCGAAGCCUCCAGCUCGGGCCGCGGACGUGCUCCGAGACUACCCGGGCUACAACCUCCUCGAGUCGGAGGAGGUGAAGCGGCUCGGCCACCGAGCCCGGCCGCUUGACUCUCAUGCUCAACUAGAGACGGGGAAACUCUACUUUCUUGUAGAGCUCCCGCGGGCACCCGAUCAUCAAAGAGGUCCGCGUAGGGUUUGGUCCGGGGAGCUGCAGGUGAGCGCCAAGGAGCGGCUGGAGAGCCUCAUGCUCGCCCGUCGAGCCAUGUCAGACUUGUCCUCGGUGGGCCGCAGCUCGAAUGUCGAGGCGGAGGAGAACAUGGAUGGGUCGAUCCGCCUUAAGAUGAGGCUUCCCAAGGCCGAAGUGGAGAAGCUGAUGCAGGACAGCAGGAAUGCGAUUGAGGCGGCUGAGAAGAUUAUGAACCUGUGCGCCGUGACGGACGGUGGUGCCCCAACGACGACAACACAGCUGCCGGUACCGGCAGUAGGAACUGGACGAAAGGAGAAGCGUGCGAGGUUUGCAGCGGCGCCGGUUGAGAUCAUCGCCUAAUUCGUCAUCCAUGCUGCUGAAGUUCUGAUCCAUUUGGCACAACUACUGAUCAAACCAGGAGGAAUCAAAGGGGAAACAGAUCACUGACAUUUUUUCUGAAAUUGAAGCCUGUGGUGGGUUGAAAUUCCAGUGUUUCCUCCUUUCUCGUCAUAUGGUGUUUUUGUUGGAAUCAGAUAAAUGUAAUGUCUGAUAAGGUAGGAAGGAGCAUGAUGGAUACAUGGCAUACGAGCAUGUAUAUAUUGGUAGUUAGUAGAUCUAGUUAAGAUGGAAGUUAAGGAGUACCCUAUAUUGUUUGUUAUAUUGACUUUUCGAGCAUUCUUAUACAUCAGAUCUGCUCAAAUUGGGUUC